AUGUUGGAAAAGAUCGUUCUACCAUGGUUCUUCAUGACCAUCUCCUUGAUCUACCUAUGGUUGACCAUCUUCAAACUCGCUAUCACCGGUGACGUCAAGACCCUGUCGAAUUGGUCCGCACUCAAAGAGGCCUGGUUCGGCGAGUUCUGGAAAUUCAUGGGCCCCAAAGCCAAAGCCAGCGCAGAGGACAAAGUCUUGCCGCUCCUGGAGGGCCGAAUUCGUGACGGACGGGUCUCCGAAAGAGGCACCAGCAAGCCUAUCGAAGGUGUUGUCCUCGAAAUCGGAGCCGGCAGUGGGAUGUGGACCGAGUCGCUCGCCACCGUCGUCCGGUCCGCCAAGGCCGAGUCCCGUGCAGCUCCGACCAAGAUCUACGGCGUCGAGCCGAACCCGGUUUCUGCUGCAUCGCUGAAACGACGUGUCGAAGAGGUCGGCUUAAAAGGAACCUAUCAGGUUGUGCCGGUAGGCAUUGAGGAUUUGCACAAUGAGUCGGCUUGGGGCGGACGGAUCGAGCCCGGUAGCGUCGACUGCAUCAUGACUGUCCAGUGCCUCUGCAGCAUUCCGGAGCCGGAGAAGAACAUACAGCUGCUUUACAACUACUUGAAGAAGGGCGGCCGAUGGUACGUCUUUGAGCAUGUCAAGGCGGAGCAAGGGCUGUUUAUCCCAUUUUUUCAACAAUUCACAAAUAUCUUUUGGGAGCACAUGAUGGGUUCUUGUCAAUUGUGCCGAGCCACUGGGCAGACCUUGAGGCAGGUUGGCUCAUGGAGCGAGGUGGACUUGGCCCAACCGCCGGAUGAGUCAAGCAGCGAUGUGAUCCCCCAUGUUGUGGGAGUCCUCACCAAAUAG